CUCUUUAGGCGUGUCUGACUCAAAGUGGCAGAUUUCACUUCUGUGUCUCUGCUGCUGGUUCAAAUGACCGUCAAACUUCGAGUAGUGGAUUUACCCCACAGAGAUGAGUUUCUACAGCGAUGUUUCCACUGAGGACAUUAGCGACGAGUUGGAGACUCUGGGGUGAGGGUUUCUAUCUUAUUAACAGAAAAAUGUGAAACCUUGUCAUACCUUACCUUUCACUUGUUGCGGAAAAUGCAAAAUGAUGUAAUUUAUAAUACUACCGCUCAUUCCCAAGCGUAUAUAACUUAAAUUACGUUUAAUAUGAUUAUUAACGAAACUGUAUGCUAUCUGGGCAAAAUCGGCAUUAUUUAACCACCUAUUACGUUGAUUUUUCUCUUCCAAAAGUAGCCUAAAGUCUUCACACCUGACACUUUUUAAGGGGCAUUUCUAGAGAGGAUGUUUAUAGAACAGGAGCAUGAUAUCAGAAUAGAUUUAUUGUUUUGUGAAUAUGCACAAAAGCGUUAGUCAAAGUUUUAUUGUGUAAUGUCACUGACAGACAGUUAUAAAAGUUCCUUAUCUGAAACACACAGGGCUCGCUGUGUUUAAAGUUUUAGGAGAAUAAAAUACUUAUUUUAAAGAAUUCACCUGAAUCAGAUGUUAGAAUAAUUCAAGUAUAAAUGCACAACCUAAUCCCACUUUAGUUAUUUUUGAUUAAACAGUUGGGGAAAAAAAAAAUAAAUAAACACCAGAUUUGCCUUUUACUUCAACAUAUCAAUGUAUUAAUUGAGUAACUUCUUGGGAAAAGUGUUUUUUGUGGUAUUUUCUUUAUGGUUUGGGCUUCGCGCAUCAUUUUAAAAAAAAUAUUCACUCUUGGCAAAUGUGAAUGCAAAUUACAGACUUUCACAUCCCUUUACUAGUUUCCUUUGCAUCUGUUCUACUGUCUGAGGUUUCUACUUUAAAUAGUGAGAAUGAUUCUGAACAUGACUUUUUAGUAGCAUGAAUGAUUUUGUGAUUGUUUUCUUUCACAGUGUGGUAUUCACAGUAUUUAAUAAAGUUUUACUUUUAGUGAUACUUUCAGAAAACACCGUCCGGUGCAAUUUGGACAUGUCAUCACUAACCAAGUCUCUAAGGAGGGCAAAAGCAGGCAGAUCACAAUCCUCCAUGCAGACUCCCAUCAGCAGUGAUGUAAAGAUAAUCCAUGUAUCUCUACAAACAGAUAUCUGCAUGCAAAUAGAGCUGACAAGCUGAGCAAGAUCAGACAUUUACAGCUGAGAGACAAAUCUACUCCAUCAGAGGGGAAUUUUUCAGACUGCCUGUGGUCUGUUCAAUGGUCCUUUUUGUUGGGAAGGUUUCUUACUAAGUAAAACAACCCAGAAGUGUUUGAGUGUUGUCCACGAUAAGAGCUGUUCAAAUACUCAGAAUGAUAAGCAAAGGAGCUUUGUCGUUUCCUUUUUACCACCUUCAGCAAAGGAUACACUGGACCAUCCUUUAGGAAAGGGGAGAAUGAAAUGACCCAUUUUAACCACCGCAGAGAUGAGGGGCUCUAUUUUCGUGUACGCCCGUGAGGCGACGGAGGUUGGUGGAGCCCGCGCAGUGGUAUUUUCGUCUGGCGGAGCCCGGCGUACAGCCACUUUGGUAUUUUCGUGGGCUGAGGCGCUCAGAGGCGAACCGAGAUCCGCCAAGCUGGGCAUGGUGGCGUGGCAGGGGGAGGUGUCGACAGAAUCAGCUCAGUGACAUUUUCGUGCUCGCCAGUGGCAUGUAAAGUGCGCUGAAAGCUCGCCGAUUCAAACCUGGUCAGCUUUCAGCGCAGGCGGAGCACAGCUGGUCUAGUAGUAUUUUGGUAGACCGGCGGCGUAUCGGCAUAUGUCACCGAUGCCUCACCGGCAGGUUUCCACAGUGUCAGGCACAUUUCAGUGCAAUAAAUGAUCAUCAACAACUAUUAAUCUGAGUCAGCACAUACAUUUAGAUCUAUAUCGAUAAACCCACUCCAUGCCCUCUCUCCUCCCUCGCUAUGACUUACGCCGCUGGGAGGAGCUGAGUUAGGGAGGGGGGAUACUUAUGUCGGGCUGCGCCGCUCACCAAAAUACCAAAUUGUACCUGGGAACGCCUUGUCAGCGCGGCAGACCUGACUUACGCCGCGCCUCCAGCACGUCUCCGGCGAGGCACGAAAAUAGAGUAAAAUACUUUUGCUGUGGUAAUGGAGGAUUGUAAUUUGCUGUUCAGAGAGCCACAUUAUUUAUGAGCUUGUAGUGAGACAAAACUAGUGGAGACUAAUUGGUGAUAGUUUACAUGGGUUCGGAGAUGACCCUCAGCUGGGUUGGACCUCAUCUAGGCAACCCUGCUGGAGUCAAUCAGUCCUCAGUCAACGUAUCCUACAGCCACUGAGCUGCCUUUUCGGCCUUGUCACUGCAGCCCUUUUAUACCAAUGAUUUUCUAAGUGACCGGUUACUAUUGCUUAUUUCCUGCAGGUGGUACCACUAUGAUCUGUCCCGUCACGCUGCAGAGGCUCUUCUCUUGUCUAACGGGAGUGAUGGAAGUUACCUCCUCAGAAACAGUAAUGAAGGUCCGAGUUGUUUCGCCCUGUCUGUCAGGUCAGUCUGCCAGAAACAUGAAUAAACUUAAAACCAAUGGGUCAGUGUCUUCCUAUGUUCUGUCAUUCAACUGGAAAAGCUUUAAGUGGUUCUCUGUUUACGCUGAUGACUUACAAAGUUCAUGUUGUUUCAUACAGGGCGAAGGACUCGGUCAAGCAUUUUCACGUGACACGCAGAGACAACACGUAUGUAUUCGGCUUCAAUGAGUUUGCAACACUUCAGGACUUUGUCAGCCACUUUGCAAACCAACCUCUGCUGGGCAGUGACACAGGUACUGACAGCAUGCAGCUCUGCCAGGUGGUCCUGAAGUUUAACGCUUUAAUGGCAAAGAUGACUUUUGUUUACCUGUUACAGUUACACCAGAAUUCAUUCGGUUCAAGUGGAAGUUAAGUCAUCAGUCUGUGAGAAACCAAAAUAUAUAUGCCAGGGUGGAACGCAGAGACAUAAAACAGUUUAAUUUCGAUCAGCUAGACUCAAGGUUUCCCUUAUUUGCACAUAUGUAGUCUGAGUAGAGUCUGAAUGGAGAGCAAAAGCAGGAGGAACACAAUCCACCUUGAUGACAGCAGAAAUCUUACAAGAGUUUAUCCACCACUGUAAAGAAAUAAAUUCAGACAACCAUGCUGAUAUUGUCAUGCAUUUGUGCAGUGUAUGGUUUGCAGACAUUUCUAGACAGACUAACUUUGCUAUUCUUUUAAUCCUCACACUUGGUCACCGCUCAAGUUGCUGUUUACACUGUAAGCUGUGCAGCAUGUGGAAAAGGAAGUCUUGGCUGCGAGUUGAUUAUUAACCAACUUCAGGCUUCAGUGGAAAACCUGGAAAGUUCAUUCUUAUUCCCAGAGGCCAUAUUAUUUUUUACUGUCAAAUGGUGGCCAACUAUUUCUGAGAUAAAGUUUUGAUAAAGAUGGUGAUAAUUAACCUCUGAGGUUUUUCAUGUUACUCAUUAGUACUGCUGCCUUUGCAGAUGCUCCAAAACCCUGAAAACUUCCUCAGUUUCCUUGUUGUGCAAAUUUAAAGAAAGGAAUUUAAAGGCAAGACAAGGUUAUUGCUGCAGCACAUCCAUAGUGCAGCAGCAUAAAGUUAGAGUGCAGAAUGGUUUAAUAACCUACUUUAUUUCAGCAAUCUAAUAAAAGCAGCUGUAAACAAGUGAGUCUUUAACCUGGAUUUAAAGAAAUGGGAGACGGUCAGCAGAUGGGGCGUUUUCUGCAAGUAUGUUCAGAUAUUUGGAACAUAAAAAGUGAGCACUGCCAUCUGUGUUUGGCUCUGACCCUGUGGACAGGAAGUAGACCUGCACCAGGUGAUCUGAGCGGUCUGGAUUAAUUAAACUGAACUAGAAAACUGCAGAUGUAUUUUGGGAAUAAUUAUUCAGCACGUUGUCAGCCAGUGAUAAUAUCUUAACAUCUAUUUUUUACAGACAGGGAGCGAGUGUAAAGACCUCAGAACAUGAUUAAUGUUAUCCACUUUCUUGGUGUAAACUUUUAUCAUACUUCUUGAUGAUAUUUGAUGCACAGAGCAAACAGGACAUGUAAACAUGAACAGAACAUAUAAACACUCCCUGCCAUCAUAUAAUUAUGUCUGUUUGUGUGGUAUGAUAUAUUUAUUUUCUCUCAUUUGAUCCUGUGAUUCAGGAACCCUAAUCGUGCUGAAGUGUCCCUACCCAUGGCGAGUGGAGGAGCCGUCCAUCUAUGAGUCAGUGCGAGUUCACACAGCGAUACAGACGGGUCGCACAGAAAAUGACCUUGUGCCGACUGCACCAUCGGUAAGACACCUACUCUGCAGAUAUGUCAGCAGCUGCAACUGAAAUGCUUAAAAGUACCAUUGAGUGGCAGAACAAGCCAAAAAAGUGCUGAACUUUUAAGUAUGGAUGCAGUAAUACUUUAACUCUUAUUUCAACUAUUUGGCUUGUCUCCAAAGUACAUCAUUGUCAACUGAACUUUUAUUGAAUGAAAAAGGUACAGAGGCUGCAGCCGCUGCCAUGUCACUGUUUAUUUGUAGACUCUGGGCUCUAUUUUCUUGUCCACCAGUGAGGCGGCGGAGGGUGGCGGGCCCUGCGCAGUUGUAUUUUCGUCCGGCGGAGCCUGGCGUACAGCCAGUUUGGUAUUUUCGUGGACUGAGGCGCACCGAGGUCCGCCAAGCUAGGCAUGGUGGCAUGGCAGAGGGAGGUGUCGACAGAAUCAGCGGGCACAUUGACAUUUUCGUGCUCGCCAGUGGCGUAUAAAGUGCGCUGAAAGCUCGCCUAUUCAAACCUGGUCAGCUUUCAGCGCAGGCGGAGCGAAGCUGGUCUAGUGGUAUUUUGGUAGACCGGCGGCGUAUCGGCAUACGUCACUGAUGCCUCACCGGCAGGUUUCCACAGUGUCAGGCACAUUUCAGUGCAAUAAAUAACCAUCAACAACCAAUAUUCUGAGUGCGUUUGGCAUUUGGGCACACAACCUGACCGAAUCAACACAGCUGAAACCGCAUUAAAUUAAAUUAAAUAUCUAGUAAAUAGACACACAUGAUGAAGUUAACAAUAGAUGUAAUUCGUCUCCCUCCUUUUCUUUGUUCCUCUUCCUCUUAUUUCUCACACAGCUCGACAUGGACAUGUCUCUGUGUCCUCUCCCUGUCCUGUUGCAGCUGCUGCUGUGGCGGCUGAACAGAUGAUUUAUUUUAGUGAUCAGAUGAGUUAUUUACUUUAAGCCUACAUACAAAUAUUAUGAUAUUCAGUUGUGUGAGCCAAAUUUAUUUUAUAUGCCAUCAUCUGUGAAAGAAAGAGCCAGGCCACGGAGCGCAAUGCAUCAUUACGCACAGAUGGUUCCGAUUUUAAUGCCAUUUUUGGAGUUUAUGUUGUGAUCUGUGUGCACAACCCACCUUUGUCAUGUGAGGUUUGAAUAUAUGCAACUUUAUGUGAUUGUCUUUAUUUGUGGAAAAGGGUGUUUGUCUUACCAGUGGCUCCAACAUUACACACACCAAAUCUAUCAGUGCUCAUAUGAGAGAGUGUGGAGGACGCCCAAUACAGCGCUUACAGUGACACUUGUUGAGGAGCUGCCUUCUGUCGCCAUAGUGUGCCAUUGCUGUCUUCACACAUCUCUUGAUCUCUUUGACUACUUCACUAAAAUUGGAAUAAUUGGAAAAAUUGGGGGAUUUAAAGGCAAGGAGAGGAGCUUAUGUGAUCGGUGAAAACAGGUCUCAGCUGUGUUAAACCCACUCCACGCCCUCUCUCCUCCCUCGCUAAGACUUACGCCGCUGGGAGGAGCUGAGUUAGGGAGGGGGAUACUUACACCGGGCUGCACCGCUCACCAAAAUACCAAAUUGUACCUGGGAACGCCUUGUCGGCGCGGCGGACCUCAUUUACGCCGCGCAUGCGCCGCAUCGCCGGCAAGGCACGAAAAAAGAGCCCUCUGACUUUAAAGCUCAAUGUUGGUGCAGUAUUUGUUGAUGUGAGACUGAUUUUAGUAAACUAGAAUUAGUCUGUAAAGUUAACAUAAAGUGUGUUUUUCCAGCUGGGCACAAAAGAGGGGUAUCUGGUGAAACAGGGAGCGAUUGUGAAGGUAAGAGAGGAGUGUUCAUCUUUGAUUUUCGUUUAAGUUUAUGAACAUCAGGUCCAGUGUUUAAACUCUAAAUUAAAACACUUUUCAAACUUUAAUUUUCAGAGCUGGAAGCAGAGAUGGUUUACGCUUAACAGAUAUGAACUCAAAUACUUUAAAGACAAAAUGGUGAGUCAGUUUCAGGACUUCAUUCUGGUUUUCUUUUAUUGAGUUAGAGACCCUGAGCCGUUGUGACAGCUUUCAGCUUCUCAUCAGAUGAUCAUUCGUGGCUGUAAGAUUGCACUGUGUAAGCUGGGAAGCGUCUCUGUUUCAGUGUGAGGAGCCCAUCCGAACCCUGGACCUGAAAGCCUGCUCUGCUGUCCAGUUUGACUACUCACAGGACAGAGUCAACUGUUUCUGGUGAGAAAUAGUUAGAGAGCGCAUUAUAGUAGAUUUAGACGGCGGUGGACGGGUGAGGGUGAAUAUUAUCACGACUGCGAGAUCAAACACAGGUCUUUUGUGAUAAAUGUGUAUAGUUUUUACAUGGGUUUUCAACAAAAACAAUUUUAAAUUUUGAUACAUUGAAAUUAUACAUUUAAUCAAUCAAAAAAAUCUGUUUGGGCCUGGAAGGAAUGUGCAGCUUUUGCUUACACUAAACCUGCACAAAUAAGAAGAAAGGAUAUCAUCUAAUGCACUGAGUGCAUGCAAAGGGUUGCAUGUGCAACAAACUUUCUGCGGAGCCUAAAGCAUCACUGUGGUCCUGUGUUUGCAUGUAUUUAAAUAAGGUGUUAUGCAUUCAUCUGGGGCAAAGCAGACUCCUUUUCAGUCCAAAUGAGCCUUCAGUACAAAACAGUUGUAGCCACACACACCCACACAAACAGCCAUGCACAGUUCAAGGGAUAUUUUUUCUCCCUGCUGAAACUUGGUGAUGACUGUAUGGAGGAAUUCAAAGUGAAGUUAUGUACAAACUUUUCAGUGCUGAAAAAAAACACUCAAGGAAGUAAGCUCAAUAUAUUCCAGGAAAUUUUUGUCACAUCUGUCAUGAAAAACUAGUAAGACAUGUCCCCGCUCCGUUCUGCUCACCGUCUGUGUGUGGACAGAUGUGAGCUGCUUGAGAAUGAGAGGCAUGAUCAAGUUUUACUCAGCAGUGAGAAGAUGCUUACAGCUCAUCUCCACAAUCAGACACAACACAAAAGCAAACUGUGCAAUUCACAGCUAUGUGGAGAGUUUUUUUUUUUUUUUUUUUUUUUACGAGUGCAUGGAGUCAAAACAGCAUUAUGCAAGCAAUGGUCCUCUGCAGACUGUAAAAAGGAAAUAUUAGGAUUUCAUUAAAGAAUAGGUAGCAUUGAUUUGUCCCUUGUCUUCUGUUUAAGUAUUAUCGGGACAAACAACAGAAUAGCUAAUAACAACAGAGUUUCCUGUGUGUUACAUGUUAGAAAUCAGGACGCACUGAACAAAAAAAGCAAACUGUGCAAUUCACAGCUAUGUGGAGAGUUUUUUUUUUUUCAAAUCUUUCACAACACUGCAGUGGGUGUUUGGCAUGUGUGUACUUCCCCACUGCAAUGAAACGUGACUUUUGUGAUUUGUGAUAAAGGAGAAGUCAGAUUGGUGAAACAGAAGAAGGAAACAGGAGGGUGAGAAGUUUCCGUGGCUUAAAAGAGGUCACAGCCACCAACGAGCUGAAAACUUUCACACACUAGGCUGUAAUCAUGUUUGUUUCUGAUUUUAAAGUAGGCAUUUCAACAUGUGGUCUUUUGCAGCAAGCUUCAUGUUAACUCUGCAUUUGAAUUUUUGCACUUCUUUACUGUCUUCAUGUUUUGACUCCAGAAGUUGUUGUGUGGUUACAGCCCACGUUGAAUGCCCUUGAUUCUGUCAAGGGUUUAGUGCCUGAAAUGUAGCUGGUGUGUAAAAUACAAGCAAUUUUCAGUCAUCUUGCUUUUUGUUUUGAUUUGUAUUUGACCUAAAGUGACCUUUUUUUAAUGGAGAGAAUCUAUGAUAUGGACUUGUCCUCAGAGACUUCACUCAUUGGUUCCUGGAGAGGCUUUUUGAAGUCUUUCAGUGGUGGAUGCAUUAUUGCAAAUGCUGCCAAUGCAAACUUGCCCCAGUUCCCUGUCUAUCUGAAAGAGCUGAGACCAAAGCCAGGCCACCUGGAAAACAGCUGAAGUGCAUUGACUCAGUCAACUCAAUCAAGCCCCCAACUAAGAUAAGAUGUUCCUUUAAUAGUCCCACAGGGGGAAAUUAUGCAAAUGUAUGUAUAAGCCUAAACCUCAGAAGAAUAAGAAUGGCUCUGUCAUUUUUUAAGGUUAUUUGUGACUUUUCAGACGUUUAUUGUACCAGUUAGGACAGUGGACAGAGCAGAAGGUAUACCGGAGCUUGUGGACUGCUAGGCUGGCCACAUCCAAACGCUGAGUCAUUUCAAAGAGGAAUCACCACUCGAGUGUGUGUAAAUCAUUGAUUGUACAAAGAAUUUAUAACGUCCAUGAUUUUUAUGGUGGAAAGAGUGUAAUGGCAGAAUUAAACAGUUGACUGCCAAAUCUACUAAAUCUGGAUUGUCGCCCUCUGCUGGCCAUCAUGGAGAAUUCAGGUUGAAGUCAUUUCUGCUCUGGCUCAUAUUUUAAACUAGCAGAUUGAGUCCUGCAGUGUUGAUGAUUUCUAAGAAGUUUUCUGGAGAGCGUUUCGAUGUUUUAUUUGUCAUUAACUGGAAAUGAAGCUAAAUACAGAAAAUCUUCUAGUGAUCCACAAUUUGAAAAUGUUUUAUUGACAGUUGCUGUAACUCUGUAAGACUUAAACACUAAAAGUGUUCUUAACUUAUUUUUCACAGGGCUGAGUCUUAGCGUACAGACACAGGGCUUAAAUUUUAAAGAAGUAGAUACUGAACUGCUCUGAAGAAGCCUUCCUCCUUCUGGUCCUCUAACUCUGGAUAUCUCUCUGCAUUCACAGUCUGGUGUUUCCUGAGCGGACGUUUUAUCUCUGUGCAAAGACAGGGGUGGAAGCAGACGAGUGGAUCAAGAUCCUGCAGUGGAAACUGGUGAGUUAGCAGCUGAGCACUACGCUGACAGGUCUGACUUAUUAACCACAAACUCAAAUAGCUGCUUUUCAGCGAACAGUGAAUCAAAGGAGGAAAAUGCUGUCUAUAAUAUGCUGCACAAGCAUUCUAGGACACUGAGGAAAUCAGCCUUGCGGAAGAUGACCUGGGAGGUUGGGGGAAUUUAUUGUUGCAACACUUAAUGAGUCAGAAAUCCUGACAGUGCAACACAUCUGAGUCCAUAUCUGAGGGGAUUUCUUUGAAAGACAUACAGACAUAUAUAAAAUGAGUCUUAAAGGCUCAUUUUCAGGUCCUGCAGGUUUUCCCUCCAUUCUUUAAUCUCCAUGUGUAGCUGUGAUAGGACUCUUUCAAAGGUCCAGGGGUUUUGUGUUUUGUUGAAUAUACCGUAUGUGAUGUUACACUCUCUCUGUCUCCAGUCACAGAUCAGGAAAGGUCGAUGACUGCUGUGUAUGAACCUGGAUUGAUGUCGUAGCAGAGGACAUGUGGACUGGAAGCGCAAUACAGAACUGUUUUAAGCUGAGGAAACGACUGCAGCAGGAAAAACACUGACACAUUUCUCUGAUAUGACUCCACUUAGUUUUAUGUCGUAUUUAUUAACACAGAGAUUUUGUUAUGUCAGCUUUGUUACAGCUGCUCACCGCAGUUCUAAGUACAUUCAACUCAAACUGUGAAGUAUCCACUCUCUGUUUUCCUCUUUUUUUUAAUGUAUUUCUGGCCGCAGGGGUGAAUUAAUCUGAAAUGCUAUAAAUUAAUGUCACUGAACCUCAUGUCUUGUCUUGUUCAUCAUUUAAAGCUCCUGUUAGGAACUUUUGGUGUUACAUUUGUUGCCCCCUGUGGACAAAACUGUCUUUGCUCAUGUUGUCCACCACUUUGGUAGUGAUUUUUGUCAAAACUCAAAAAAACCUCACCUUUUUAACUUGUGAGAGUCAUAUGUAUUUUCAGUUAUAAAUUUCUUAAAAAUUGCGGAAACUGGGCUGUUUCUUCAGCUGCAAGGCCAAUACUCCCUCACUCCAACUUUAGGCUUUUAACAUUUUUAUAUAAGAAUCUUUAAUCUUGUCCCAGAUUGUCUUCUUUGAUUUAAGAUAUCAUUAACAGGCAUUGAUAUGGAUCAACUCCCCAAAAGAUACUCCCUAUAGGAGCUUUAAUGUGUGCAAAGUUGACACCAGCUAACACCAGUUUAAUAGUCUGUGCAGUGAUUAUUGAAUAGUUUUAGCAUUUUGUUUAUGAGCGAUAUCUGCACAAAAACGAAUGCAGAAAAUUAGAAAACUAACCACCUUACACUCUAAUGACCCUACUUUGGCUGAGUCUAAACAACACAGUUCGCCUGCAGCUUUUACAGGUUCACCCAGCAAAGACAGGUGGGCCUGUACCACUGUGGUUUAUGCAUGUGGACUAACUAUCAAACUGUAACUGCUAAGUCACUUCAGUCUGCAAUGGCUGAUUUCUUUAUUUAUGUUCUUACAACUGACUGGCACCUGUGUAUGCAAACUGUGCAUAAAUUGUUCUAUUUCCUAUUAUUCCCAAAUAAAGUAAAUUUUAUUAA